AUGGCGACUACUACACCCACUACUUCACAUUUCUCAGCGACGUCGCAUUGUUACCAUAGUGGCAGUGGCAGUUCCGUUUCUAGAUUGAUCGAUUUUGGAUCAAAAUGGAGGACGAAGCAGCAGCUUUUCUUCACGAAUUCGCGUCGUGUAGUAAGAAAGAGGUCGGUUUCAGUUAGUAUCAAGAUUGUGUCAAGCAGUGAGCCUAAGCAGAAACUCAUAGAUCCUCUCACCAAUGAAGAAGUCAAACCUGCUGAAUGGACUGAGAGAAAUCCAGUAACAGAAGUUCCAGGAAUUUUGAGUCCUUCCACUCCAGAUGCUUCAUCUAUUGCCUCAAGUAUCAAAUACCAUGCAGAAUUCACACCAUUGUUUUCUCCGGAGCGGUUUGAGCUUCCAAAGGCUUACUUUGCUACUGCACAGAGUGUCCGUGAUGCUCUCAUUAUCAAUUGGAAUUCAACAUAUGAGUAUUAUGAGAGGUUGAAUGUAAAACAAGCAUAUUAUCUGUCAAUGGAAUUUCUGCAGGGUAGAGCACUGUUGAAUGCAAUUGGUAAUUUAGAGCUGACUGGUGCUUAUGCAGAGGCUUUGACCAAGCUUGGUCACAACCUAGAAAAUGUGGCUUGCCAGGAGCCUGAUGCUGCACUUGGAAAUGGGGGUCUUGGGCGACUUGCCUCCUGCUUUUUGGACUCGUUGGCUACAUUAAAUUACCCAGCAUGGGGCUAUGGAUUAAGAUAUAAGUAUGGCUUGUUUAAACAGCUGAUUACAAAAGAUGGUCAGGAGGAAGUUGCUGAAGAUUGGCUUGAGAUGGGCAAUCCCUGGGAAAUGGUUAGAAAUGAUGUUUCAUAUCCUAUAAAAUUUUAUGGGAAAAUUGUUUCUGGAUCAGACGGGAAAAGACACUGGAUUGGCGGAGAAGAUAUAAAGGCUGUGGCAUGUGAUGUCCCAAUACCAGGAUAUAAAACUAAAACCACUAUUAACCUGAGACUUUGGUCAACAAAAGCUCCAUCAGAAGAUUUGGACUUGCAUGCUUUUAAUGCUGGAGACCAUACCAAAGCAUAUGAGGUCCUCUCAAAUGCCCAAAAGAUCUGCUACAUUCUUUACCCUGGGGAUGACUCACCAGAGGGCAAGAUUCUUCGGUUGAAGCAACAGUAUACCUUGUGUUCAGCUUCUCUCCAAGAUAUCAUUUCUUGUUUUGAGAGAAGAUCUGGAUCAAACAUAAAAUGGGAAGAAUUUCCUGAGAAAGUUGCAGUUCAGAUGAAUGAUACUCAUCCCACUCUCUGCAUCCCUGAGCUGAUGAGAAUUUUGAUAGAUUUGAAGGGUUUAAGCUGGAAGGAGGCCUGGAAUAUCACUCAAAGAACUUUGGCAUAUACAAACCACACUGUUCUACCAGAGGCAUUGGAGAAAUGGAGUCUAGAGCUUAUGCAGAAAUUAUUACCACGACAUGUUGAGAUCAUUGAAUUGGUUGAUGAAGAGCUGAUUCGCACCAUAGUAUCAGAGUAUGGAACUGAAGAUUCCAAUUUGUUGGAAAAGAAACUGAAGGAGAUGAGGAUAUUAGAAAAUGUGGAUCUCCCUUCAGCUUUUGCAGAGUUGAUUGUUAAGCCUAAGGAAAGCUUUGUGGGGGUUACUAGCGAGGAACUAGAAAAAUCUGAACUAGUUGAUAAUUCAGAAGGAGAAACCAAGCUAGUUGAUAAUUCAGAAGAAGAAACCAAGGCAGCGGAUGAUCCUGAAGAAGAAAUGGAUCUGGUCGAUGAAAUAGAUAAAUCCAAAAUCAAAGCAAGUCAGAAGAAGGAGAAGGUGGUGGCAGAACCACCCCCAAAAGCACCAAAGAUGGUCCGUAUGGCUAAUCUCUGUGUUGUGGGUGGUCAUGCAGUAAAUGGAGUUGCUGAGAUACAUAGUGAAAUAGUCAAGGAUGAAGUUUUUAAUGCAUUUUAUACGUUGUGGCCUGAUAAGUUCCAAAAUAAGACAAAUGGGGUUACACCAAGAAGAUGGAUUUGUUUCUGUAAUCCAAGUUUGAGUAAAAUUAUUACUGACUGGACUGGCACGGAUGACUGGGUUUUAAAUACUGAAAAACUAGCAGAACUAAGAAAGUGGAAGGCUUUGAAGAAGAAACUUGUCUUUUGGAAUUGCCAUAGCCCCCAUGUCCUAAAACUCCAAAAUUCUUCAGAUUAUCACUAUGCCAGACAUAUUUCUGCUGACCUAUCGGUUGCAGAAAUUGCUGAUCCUUUGAAGAUAAAAGAUUCUACUUCUUUCAUAAUCAUGUUCAAAAACUUUAUCCCAUCUAAAAGUCUGGGACCUUUUUCAGAUAAUGAGGACCUCCAUGUGAAGUGGAGGGCAGCAAAAAAGAGCAAUAAGAUGAAGGUCGUAGCAUUUCUGAAACAAAAGACAGGGUAUUCUGUUAGCUCUGAUGCAAUGUUUGAUAUCCAGGUGAAGCGUAUUCACGAGUACAAGCGACAAUUGCUGAAUAUUUUGGGAAUUGUUCACCGCUACAAGAAGAUGAAGGAAAUGACUGCUGAAGAAAGGAAAUCUAAAUAUGUUCCACGAGUUUGUAUAUUUGGGGGAAAAGCAUUUGCUACUUAUGUGCAAGCCAAGAGAAUAGUGAAAUUUAUCACAGAUGUUGGGGCUAAAAUUAAUCAUGAUCCAGAAAUAGGUGAUUUACUGAAGGUUGUUUUUGUCCCUGAUUAUAAUGUCAGUGUUGCUGAAUUGCUUAUUCCUGCAAGCGAGCUCUCACAGCAUAUCAGGCCUUGGAAUUUGGGAUUGCUCAAACUCAGCUUGUUUUACCUGAAAGUUGAGCAGCCUUUGCUUAUUCAGGCUGUGCAGACCUCUGCUUAUUCAUUGGGCCUGAAGUUGAUCAGACUCAGCAGACAAUUGACUACUGCUGGUAUGGAAGCCAGUGGAACAAGCAAUAUGAAGUUUGCAAUGAAUGGUUGUGUCCAAAUUGGGACCUUAGAUGGCGCCAAUGUUGAAAUACGAGAAGAAGUAGGAGAAGACAACUUUUUUCUCUUUGGUGCUAAAGCUCAUGAAAUUGUAGGGCUGAGGAAAGAGCGAGCUGAUGGGAAGUUUGUCCUGCACCCAAGUUUCGAAGAAGUGAAAGAUUUUGUUAGAAGUGGAGUUUUUGGGUCUUACAACUAUGACCAACUGAUGGAUUCAUUAGAAGGAAAUGAAGGUUAUGGCCGUGCAGAUUAUUUCCUUGUGGGCAAGGACUUUCCCAGUUACAUUGAAUGUCAGGAGGAGGUUGAUAAAGCAUAUCAAGACCAAACGCAUUUGCGACUGGUGGCAGAGAUGGACUAA